AUAAAAUAGCAUGUUACUAAAUACGAGAUAUUUUUGCAUUUAAUUUAUAAAUACAUAGAUUGUGUUCCUUAUUAACCUCUUCCUAAUUAAAAAAGAAGACAAAUUAGAGUCUGACAUCGUUUACCACGUGACGAUGGAUAUCCACUUAUGACUCUUUUUCCUGUUAACAUAAUCAGUUUCAAUCCAAACAACAACAGUGUAAAUCGUGAAUAAGGGUUUCGUCUCUCCUUGACAGACUGACAACGAUUCUUCAAUAGAGCAUAUACACAAUCAAUCGUUCCUAUCUCCUAAAUUAAAAUUAACUUCGCUUAAUUUGGUGAACUCUAACACAUUAAUUAUGUAUUUUAAAUUCCAUUAUUUAGGUUAAAAAGUUUUGAAACUGACAAGAGGUACAAUUAAGAAAAGCAAACAGGGUAACAGAAUGAGAUUUCUGUUUAUUUAUCAAACACUAACGAGGUGCUUAUUGAAAGUUUAACAGACUACUAGUCCAUCGUGGUGUAAAUUAUUUUUUAUGGACUGUACAUAGGUUUUUCUAUCAAACUAAUUUGAGUUUAUGUAUGUGGCAUGUUGUGUGAGCAAUGUGAUUUUAAUGUAGCUUUUUAAUAUUGAAGUAAUUAUUUAAUAUACAUUAUAUAUUUAAUGUAUACUAGUCAGUAUAUUAGUACAUAUUCAUACGUCUUCUCUUAUAUACAAAAAAGAUAUCUUAUUUGUUAAGAAAAUAAAAAAUAAAAAUUCAAUUUUGUGUAAUAAAGACAAUAAUGAAAGUGACAGGUUCAUUUUGUGUUCUUUGUAGUACAAAUAUUGAUGCGUCUUCCUGCGUAAAUAUCUUUACGCCACUUCUAUACAAUAAUGAAUUACUAGUAAAUUUUAUAAUUCGUGAAUUCAAACAGAUGUCAUUUAAUCUGCAUAGUCCGUACAUCUGUUUUCGUUGUUAUAAAUUAUUUCAAAUGUUAGAACGAGCACAAUGGAUCAUUAAUAAUGUUCGUUGUGAAAUUUUAAAAUCUCAGCAACGUAUAUUACCGAAGAAUACAGAUUAUCUUUUAGGCAAUACUCAAAUUUUAGAAGCUAUUCAAACUAAACGGGAUUUGGAUGAGACAACAAAUGGACCUAAACAUAUCACAGAUCUAACAUAUUUGAAUAUUAAUCCAAACCUUAUGGCCUCUCAUAAUAUUAAAAAUAUUGAACUGAUUGAAUCAAAAGAUAUUUUUAAAGAAGAAACAGAUGUUGAUAGUAAAGUUUCAGAAAACAUAUACAGUAUUAUUAAAAAUAAUAGUUAUUGUAAUGUAGAUUAUAAGAAUAAUGAUAAUGUAAAUAAAGAGAUGAAGAUGGAAAUAUAUAAUAAAAAUCGAGAUUUGAUCAUGGAAAUAUUAGAAAAAGAAGUUGGCAAAUAUAUGUUAAAUGAUAUAGUAGAACGAGAUAUCACAGAACAAGAAAUUAAUAAUAAACAGUGUAAGUUCUGUACCGAAUCAUUUAAGACCAAUGAGGAAUUAAAUGUACACUUAUUAAAACAUAAUGAUACACAAUUAUAUCAGUGUUCUGAAUGUAAGGAAAUAUUCAUAAGUGUUUCACUUGCAAGUACGCAUGUAUUAAAAGCACACAGUGAAAAUCAAGUUUGCAUUAAUAUUUUACCAAUCUCGUAUAAAAAUGAAAUAGAACCUUCUCUUAAUGAUGUUUCUCUUUUUUCACAAAAUAAUACGGAAGCAUUAAAUGAUAUAAAGUCAAAUACUUUUGAACAUACUGAGAUCAAUAAAAAUAUAUCCGAAAUAAGAGAUAAUACAUUGUCUACUAUAGAAAAUAAAGAAAUUGCAGAAAGCAAUGCUAUUCAUUCCAUAGAUGAAAAGAGCAAAGGAAAUUUAAAUUCUGUUUCUUGGAAGUCGAGAGGAAUAUUAAAUUACAGUUUAAAACCAUUUAAAUAUACAUGCUCUAAAUGUAAUAAAAAGUGGAAAACAUCUACGGAAUUAAAAAUACAUAUGAAAUCUCAUUCAAAUAUAAGACCAUAUAUGUGUGAAAUAUGUGGUCAGGCUUACAAAUAUAAACAAGCUUUAAAAAUACAUAUUGAUAUGCAUAAUGGAAUAAGCCCAUUUCAAUGUUCUUAUUGUAACAAAUGUUUUACACAAAAAGGUGCAUUAGUGAGACAUUUACCAAUGCAUACCGGAGAAACACCAUAUCAAUGUGAAUUAUGUGGCAAAAGAUUUAUACAUCAUUCAUCAUACAACAUGCAUAGAUUAUCUCAUACUGGAAAAAAAUCUUAUCAAUGUCAAAUAUGCGAUGCAUCAUUGCUGUCUACAUCACAUUUAAAAAGACACAUGCGAGUACAUACGGGUGAAAAACCAUACAGUUGCACCGUAUGUGGAAGACGUUUCGCGCAGCGAUACAAUUUACAAUCUCAUCAAAAAAUACAUAGCACAUCAGAAACAACGACAAAUGAUACUGAAGAUUUAUAAAAUUUGUGUAAUCAGUGUAACUUACUAUGUCAGGAAGGACACAAAUGUAAUAAACAAACAAAAGACCAAUGCAAUUCAGG